AUGGCAUCCACCUACCCUGAGCUCGUUUGGCGUCAAACCUCCACCGGACUAUGGCAACGCAGCGUCGACGAGAUAGAGAAGCACUAUGCCAUUCUUCCCGUUCUCUACGAGGGCAGCGGCCUCAUGUUCUUUGCCAUCACCGGUCAUGUCUCCCUGACCGUCGAUGCCACCAACGCCGGGUCCUCUUCCGACGCCAGCACCGUGGAUGAAGCUCUCAAGAAAGCAUGGCUCGCACUCCGUCACGACCAUCCCACCAUUGCUUCCCAGGUUACUCAAGAUGCCACCACCGGGAAAUGGACAAAGACCUACCGCCAGUUCCAAGAUGAAGCCGACAAAGAGGCCUGGCUCAAGACAACCCUGGUUCCGGUCUCCUCUCAGCAAACUGGCAUCACCUGGGCGAAUUCCAACCCCCCAGCUCCCAAGGUCCCAACUCUUUUCGUCCUCAGCCCACCAUCCAACAAGGACGGCCUCGUCCGCCGCGACCUCGUCCUCCGCUCGCCCCACGACAUCAUCGACGGCAUCGGCACCCUCACCCUCCUCGACAACCUCAUCACCCAUGCAGCCAAGGCGUACUCCGAAGGCGAUGCCUACAAGCUCCCACCCUUCGACGGCUCCGAGGCCUCAAACCUCAGCCCGCCGUUCCGCAUCGCCGCCAACGUCCCCCCUUCCCUCACCGAUGCCCAGCAGAAGCAUCUGGCCGACAUGUCCGCCCAAAAGGCCGCCGCAAUGGAAACCCCCGGCGUUGAAAUCAUCGACAUGCCCUACCGCCGCGGCGCAGCCGUUCCUCACCGACACCAACGCGUCUUCCGAACCCUGACCGAGACCCAAACCUCCGCCCUCCUCAAAGCCUGCAAGGCCGCCUCCGCAACCCCCACGCACGCCUUCCACGCCGCCAUCGCCCUCGUCCUCCGCGACAUCCAGCCCCGCAGUCCCGUCUCCAAGCGCGUCCGCUACGUCAACUACAUCCUCCGCAACGAGCGCUCAAGCUGCCAGGCACCCUACAACUCCGCUAAACACCCCGCGGCGCUCUACCACUCCGUCCCAGGCCAGAGUCUCGUCGUCGACAUGGACCUCCCCGCCGAUGGCAAAGACAACGCCAAGUCCGUUCAGGAAGAGUUCCUGCCCAUCGUCCAGCAGAUGAAGGACUUCUACCACGGUGUCCGCAACGACACGGAGCACUACGCCCUCGCCACCGACAUCUGGGCCGCCAUCACCCCCGAGCUGCCCACUGGCCCCCGGCCUCUCCCCGUCCCGCCGCCCAAGGCCCACCCUUCCGUGUCUAUCUCGAGCAUGGGGCGCGUUGACGGCAUCAUCGCUCCCAAGAACGGAGCCUUUGAGGCUCAUGAUCCGUGGGUCACCGGCGAGGAGCUCGGUAACGGGCUGGGUCUGUUCUUGGGCACCUUCCGAGGCGAGCUGUGUCUGAGCGCGGCGUACAAUGAUGCUUGGCACACUGAAGCAGACAUUCUCGACUUCUUGAAGCGAUGUGAGGACAUAGUCUUCCGUGGAUUUGGCAUUGAAUCUUCUUAG